GUACACAAUUUGACAAUUGGUUUAAAACUUCUCUACGUUACUUUGCAAAAUUUACAAGCAAAAUUCAUUAGUUGUGUUUUAGGCAAUUUAGUGAAUUAAAACUUGUGAAAAUGGUCGCAAACGAAAACACCGAUGUCGAAAUGAAGAACGCGGAUAGUCCACCAGGACCCGAAGCCGGGGAUAGCAAACGGGAUGUCGAUCUACAAAGUUUAAUCGACGUUCGCGAACAAGCCAGGCAAAUUGAAAAGGCGGUCACAAACAAAGAAAAUCGUUUCGUCUCUCGUGUAUUGAGAAGUCUCCCCACAACGAGGAAGAAGCUGAAUGGUGUCGUACUUCGUGGUUUGAUCAAUCAAUUAUAUCCUGCACUCGAACGAGAUGGAUUGCUUUGUUUCCUUGAUGAACCCAUCACCGGUGCGGAUUCUGAUACGACCACUCGAGGACGAACUGCCAUUAAAACUCCUGUGGCAGAAGUUGACGUUUACAUUCACAUGUUGAUUUUGGUGCGCCUCAUUGAUACGAAUAAGCUUGAUGAAGCGACCAGAUGCUCGCAGGCACUUAUGACAAAAAUUACCGGUCAAAAUCGUCGCACACUGGACUGGAUUGCCGCCAAGUGUUACUUUUAUCAUUCGCGAGUCGCCGAGCUAACCAAUAAAUUGGAAUCCAUCCGUGGUUUUCUACACGCUCGCCUUCGUACAGCCACGUUACGGAAUGACUUUGAAGGCCAAGCGGUGUUAAUAAAUUGUUUACUCCGUAACUACCUGCAUUAUUCUCUGUACGAUCAAGCGGACAAAUUGGUUAGUAAAUGUGUAUUUCCAGAAACUGCCAGUAAUAAUGAGUGGGCACGUUUCUUGUAUUAUUUAGGCCGAAUUAAAGCGGCACGCUUGGAGUACAGUGUGGCAUAUAAACAUCUUGUUCAAGCUGUACGCAAAGCCCCUCAGAGUGCAGCCAUCGGAUUUAGACAGACCGUGCAAAAAUUGCUUGUAGUGGUUGAACUUCUGCUAGGUGAUAUUCCGGAACGUCAAGUUUUCCGGCAGGCGAGCAUGCGGCACUCCCUUGGUCCGUACUUUCAACUAACCCAAGCAGUUCGUAUGGGUAAUUUGCAACGUUUCGGAGAAGUUUUGGAAAACUUCGGCCCCCAAUUCCUCCAAGAUCACACGUUUACGUUAAUAACACGAUUGAGACAUAAUGUCAUUAAAACCGCCAUUCGUUCUAUCGGUUUAUCGUACUCGAGAAUAGCGCCACAGGAUAUCGCGAAAAAGUUGGGUUUGGAUUCGGCCGAAGAUGCCGAGUUUAUUGUCGCGAAGGCUAUACGCGACGGUGUAAUUGAGGCAACAUUGGAUCCUGAAGGCGGUUACAUGCGCAGCAAAGAAAGCUCCGAUAUUUACUGCACAAAAGAACCGCAGAAUGCCUUCCAUCAAAGGAUUGCGUUUUGUUUAGAUCUGCACAAUCAAAGUGUGAAAGCCAUGAGGUAUCCUCCUAAAUCGUAUGGUAAAGAAUUGGAAUCUGCCGAGGAGAGGCGAGAGCGAGAGCAGCAAGAUCUAGAGCUAGCAAAGGAAAUGGCAGAGGAGGAUGAUGACGGUUUUCCUUAAAUGUAGGCCUUUAAUAUGUAUUUCUUAUUUGGGAUGUGUGUGAAGUAAACGUUUAUUAAAUUUUCUUAAUCACUUGUUUAGAAUAUGUAAAAUGUCAUAGUAAAUAAUUUACUUGGA